GGGCCGGGGAGCCGGGCUGAGGCUCGGCCGCCGCCAUGAACGCCGCGGUGGUGCGGCGGACGCAGGAGGCGCUGGGGAAGGUGAUCCGGAGGCCGCCGCUGACGGAGAAGCUGCUCAACAAGCCCCCGUUCCGCUACCUGCACGACAUCAUCACGGAGGUGAUCAGGGUGACUGGUUUCCUGAAGGGCCUCUACACAGACGCUGAGAUGAAGUCUGAUAAUGUGAAGGAUAAAGAUGCGAAAAUUAGCUUCCUACAGAAGGCCAUAGACGUGGUGGUGAUGGUUUCGGGAGAACCGCUGUUGGCGAAGCCGGCCCGGAUCGUGGCCGGGCACGAGCCUGAGAGAACCAAUGAGCUGCUUCAGAUGAUCGGGAAGUGCUGUCUCAGCAAGCUCUCCAGUGAGGACGCAGUGAAGAGAGUUCUGUCUGGAGAGAAGGGGGAUGUGAAGGGAAGGGUCUCCCUGACCUCACGGCCUCAGGAGUCGGACAAUAAGCAUGUGAGAGAAGAGGAGCCCAGAGGCCACAAGGAGAAAGAGGACAGAAGAAACUCUGAAAUAAAAGAGAGAAGCAGAAGCAGAGAUCAAAAACAGAAAGAAGAGUUGAAAGAAGACAGCAAGCCGAGGGAAAAGGACAGGGACCAGGAGAAGCCCAGAGAGCCCGAGAGAGACGGGCGCCGAGACGGGGAGAGAGAGAAGGCCAGGGCCAGGGCGCGGAGGAGCGAGGCAGCGAGGGAGAAGGAGAGACUCCGGGGCAGGGACCGGGAGCACGACCGGGACAAGGGGAAGGACAGGGACCAGCGGAGGGUGAGGAACGGGGAGCACUCCAGGGACCCCAACCGGGAGAAGAGCAGAGAGCAGGAUAAACUGGAGAAAAAGUCAGCAAGCUCUGGGGAAAUAUCUAAAAAGUUGUCAGACGGAUCUUCUAAAGACCCCAAAGCCGAAACAGAGACUGAGGUUUCCACUCGAGCACCCAAGUCGUUGACAUCAAAGCUGUCGAAACGGCGAUGCAGAAGUUCAGUGGAAGGAAGGCAGGAGGAUACAAUUUCAGCUAAGAUGUUAGACCCCGGAGUGUCUGGGCUACAUAGUGAGCCCCGCCAGGAGACCGCAGCUUCAGAGGCAGGUGAUUCCACCAGCGAUGCAGAAGAAGCAGGACCUGCUGGCCAAGACAAGGCUGAGGCGUCCGAGAGCUCGGAAGUCCCGAAUGGGCUUUCGUCCACUGUCAGAAGAAUUCCUCGGCCUGGGAGUGCAAGACCGGCGCCUCCCCGGGUCAGACGGCAAGAAAGCGUGGAGGUGUUAGCGAUUGACAGGGCAGGGAGUGGCAAAACCGUCUCGAAUGUGAUCGUGGAUUCGCAGAACUCCGACAACGGAGAGGACGAGCAGUUCGUGGUGGCAGCGGCCCCUCAGCUCUCGGAGAUGUCAGAAUUGGAGGUGGUACCAGCAACAGAACUCGAGGAAGAUGAGAAGCAUGGUGGACUUGUGAAAAAAAUCUUGGAGACGAAGAAAGAUUAUGAGAAGCUACAGCAGUCCCCCAGAGCCGGAGAGAAGGAGAAGUCGCUCGUCUUUGAGUCGGCGUGGAAGAAGGAGAAGGACAUUGUUUCCAAGGAGAUGGAGAAGCUCCGCGUGUCCAUCCAGACCCUGUGCAGGAGCGCCCUGCCCCUGGGCAAGAUCAUGGACUACAUCCAGGAGGACGUGGACGCCAUGCAGAGCGAGCUGCAGCUGUGGCACGGGGAGAGCCGGCAGCACGCACAGGCCCUGCAGGAGGAGCAGAGCAUCACAGACGCGGCCGUGGAGCCCCUGAAGGCCGAGCUGGCGGAGCUGGAGCAGCUGAUUCGGGACCAGCAAGACAAGAUCUGUGCCGUGAAGGCCAGCGUCCUCAGGAACGAGGAGAAGAUCCAGAAGAUGAUCCACAGCAUCAACCUGAGCUCACAGAAGGCCAGUGCCUAGGCGGCUCUGGUGCAGGGGGCGGGCGUCCCGGCGCUCGCCAGGCCCCGCGCCGCCUGGGCGCCAGAGCCAUCGGCGCCGGAUUGCCAAGUGGCCAGGUUUGCAGACCUGCAAACCUGAGUUCCUGCCGGAGCCUGCUGCCGCGGUGAGUGACGCUGUGAUGGGUGUAGCCAGGAAACCACGCUGAGCAGAGGAUACAAACAGAAGGUGGCCGGCUCCGAAUAAAUCCCAUUUUCAGUUCGGCAUCUUUGGAAAGGCUUCAUUUCAGCCAGUGUCCUUCAGGCUGUGGUUGGUCGCCGCGCGGCACGUGUGUGGUCACCUCCGCUGCUUCGCGUCGGCCUCGUACAUAGUGUUCUGAGUAGCCCCUGUUGCCCUUCAAGUCCGUAGAUCUGCAAAGGCGAUUUCGCCGUGGUCUUUAUGGACGCUGGACGUGAGGGCGUCGUAGGCAUCCUGCCCACUGGUCAAUGCUCUGGCCCUGGGUUUCCCCGGAGGCUGCUGCUGUGGCCCCUAGGGUCCCUGGCCUCCACACACGAGGGUCUUUCCCGAGAUGCACUGGCGUGUUCCUUCCAGGUAGCCUAGGCAACACCGCUUCAGGAAGCCGUGGAUGCCCGCGUUUACACGGUGUGUUGGUGUUAACGUUUCUUUGGAAUUGUUUUUAAAGGAAAGUUUUCUGUUUUUCUUUGUGAACUCGGUUGUGUUCUAGUUUUUCAUUUACAUGAACCUCUGUAAAUAACCGGGCGGCGUUACUGUCUGGAGCACUUCGCGUCGGGAGACUGUAUUCAUCACGCACAUGGUGGUGCCGCUUCCAGCGCGCCCGUCGCCGGAGGCCGUUUUGUGUCCUUAAGGAUUAGCGCGAGUGGCACAGCCCGGUCGGCCUCAGUGCAGGCUGCGCGGCAAACGCUUUGCCAAGGUGGCGCGCGACUCCCCGAGCCGGCGAGGGCGGGAGCCUCCCUGCUCCCUGGAGCGCCCGGCGAAUUCGGGCGGUCGCCGAGCCCCGGGGAGGAUUCGCCGCCUGCCCCGUCUGUCCGUCGCCUCUCUUCUGCUGAGCCCCACGCGGACCCCGUGCUCCGGGAAGAUGCUGCCCGUGUGAACCUGUACAUACGAUAGGAUUCGUGUGCUGCAGAAUACACACACAUUGGGAGUCAAUUUUGUAUGUAGUCUAUCAAAUUGUAUCAUAAGAUUUAUUUUCCUUUUAUACAUAAAUCAUUAAAUAAUCAUAUUUUUUCUACAA